AUGGCGUUGGGUGUUGCCGACUACGUUGUGUUCGGAAUAAUGUUGAUCAUGUCCGCCUCGAUCGGUGUGUACUACCGGUUUACUGGUGGUAAACAAAAGACUACACAGGAAUACAUGUUAGGUGAUAAGAAUCAGAGUGUUUUACCGGUGGCAUUUUCUUUGAUGGCCAGUUUCAUAACAGCGAUCUCGAUGUUUGGUUUGAGCUCGGAAGUAUAUACUCGUGGUACCCAGUUUUCCGUCAUAAUUAUCUCCUACAUUAUCGCCACUCCCAUCAUAGGUUACUUAUAUCUGCCGGUUUUCUUCAAACUCGGGAACCUGUCUCUAUACGAGUACUUGGAAAAAAGAUUUGGGCGUUUAACUCGAGUGACUACGUCGUUGGCGUUCAGUAUACAAAUGAUAUUUUACAUGGCGAUUGUAUUGUACGUCCCAGCACUGACUUUAGAAGCUGUUACAGGAUUACCUCAAUCUGCUUCAAUUUUAGUUGUGGGAUUAGUGUGUGUAUUCUAUUCUACAAUGGGUGGGAUAAAAGCAGUCAUCAUAACAGAUUUAUUACAAUCACUUCUCAUGUAUGCAUCAGUAAUUGCGGUUAUUGGGGUUGCUUUGUAUGAAACUGGCGGUCUAUCGGAAAUUUUGGACAUUUCCUAUAAAUAUGGACGAAUUAAUUUCGGAAAUUUCAAUAUCAAUCCAACAGUAAGACACAGUUGGUUUAGUAUACUAAUCGGAGGCUGUUUCACUCAAAUAUCUUUAUAUGCUGUAAAUCAAACACAAAUACAGAGGUUUUUAACAUUGAAAGACUAUAAUACUGCUGUCACCGCGCUAUGGUGUAGCUUACCACUAGUGAUUGUGAUAUCCCUUUUAACAUCUUUUUCUGGUCUAGCGAUGUUUUCAAAAUAUUACAAUUGCGAUCCUAUAAAGUCUGGUCGUAUAUCAAGCAGUGAUCAAUUGAUGCCAUUAUACGUGUUGGACACUAUGGGAUCUAUACCCGGCUUAUCUGGAUUAUUCAUAGCUGGAAUAUUUUCAUCAGCAAUGAGCUCUGUUUCACCAAUUCUUAACUCAUUGGCAGCAAUUACGAUGGAAGAUUACAUAAAGCCAUUAAAAAAACAAGAAUUAUCGGAUAAAAAACGAGUUUAUCUUAUGAAAAUGUUAGUCCUCGUGUAUGGCGGUGUUUGCAUUAUAUUAUCAUUUCUGACAAAAUAUAUGGGAGCGAUCCUUCAAACUGCAUUGACGAUAUUUGGAGUAAUCGGCGGCCCCGUGUUGGCCGUGUUUACAUUGGGUAUACUUUUACCCUACAUCAACCAAAAAGGUGCACUGACUGGCUUAAUAUUUGGAUUGACUUUUUCGUUUAUAAUUGGAUUUGGUGGUCCUAAACCUCCGGUUGAAAAUCUACCUUCAUUCACAAAUUCCUGUACAAUAUUUAAUAGUUCAACAAUUUCUACCCAGCUUUCAUCAUCAUAUUAUAAACAAGCACUUCACGAAGACGGUUAUCUAUAUUUGUAUAGAAUCAGUUAUCUGUAUUACGUAGUGUUGGGAUUUUUGGUAACAUUUGUAGUGGCAAUGAUAGUGAGUGCAAUAUUCCGUGGAAAAAAUCGUGACCAUGAUCCGGAUCUAUUCACCCAGUUUGUGGCGAACCGAUUGAAAAGAAGUGACAGRGAUCAUGAACAAAACUAAUAGUAUUUAAUACAAUUUAAAUUAUACAGCUAAUCGCAGUUGAUUUGCCUUUCAAUUGAUCGAUAUUAAAUGAUGCAUUAUUAUAUUAUGUUGUUAUCCAACACCGGAAACGUGUGUUUUAUUAUGUCACAUCGAAAUAAACUUCAAGCAACCACCGUAUAUCCUAAUUAAUAAGCAAUUGAAAAUUUGCUUCAAAUAAGUUAUAUAUUAUAUUUAUCGUUCAUGUUUACGGUUUAUGUUUAUAUUUA